CGCCAUCCCAUGCACUGUUACUUGUACCCACUCUCCCUGGCAGUAACUCGGGGCUGGAUCUACAGAGUGGGCGAAGUGUGUCUGGGGAGGGGGGACUGGGGCUGUGGAUCCCGUACUUGGUGCAGAACAAGACUUGGAGAGGCAAGGGGGGGGAAAGCCUGGAUUGUGCCCGGGGAACCAUGCCUUCCUCCCGGAUCCCCUGCCUGGCAGCACCCGCUUUUCUGCUCCACAUCCUGAUCGUUUGCAGCAUCCUGGGCUCCUCUAUGGCAGGGAUUGAAUACAGUGAUGUUCUGCCAGAUUCAUUUCCAUCAGCCCCGGCAGAAUCUCUACCAAAUUUCCUCUUGGAACCAGAAGAUGCAUACAUUGUAAAGAAUAAGCCGGUGGAGCUUAUUUGCAAAGCGAACCCUGCCAUCCAGAUCUUUUUUAAAUGUAAUGGGGAAUGGGUGAAUCAGAACGAACAUAUCACUAAAGAAAAGGUGGAUGAAGUCACAGGUCUUGUCGUUCGAGAAGUUCAGAUCGAGGUCUCCAGACAGCAGGUGGAAGAACUCUUUGGACUGGAAGAUUAUUGGUGCCAGUGUGUAGCCUGGAGUUCCGCAGGAACAUCAAAGAGUCGGAGAGCUUAUGUCAGGAUAGCCUAUUUGAGAAAGAAUUUUGAUCAAGAACCUUUGGGCAAAGAGAUCCCAUUAGAACAGGAAGUACUACUCCAGUGCCGUCCCCCAGAAGGAAUUCCACCGGCUGAGGUCGAAUGGCUAAGGAAUGAGGAUGUAAUUGACCCCACAGAAGAUACCAAUUUCCUAUUAACAAUUGACCACAACCUCAUAAUUAAACAGGCUCGUCUUUCAGACACAGCCAACUACACUUGUGUUGCAAAGAAUAUUGUUGCCAAGCGCAGAAGCACCACCGCGACUAUAAUUGUAUACGUGAAUGGAGGUUGGUCCUCUUGGACGGAAUGGUCACCAUGCAACAACAGAUGUGGCCGAGGUUGGCAGAAGAGGACAAGGACUUGUACAAAUCCGACACCCCUCAACGGUGGCUCGUUUUGUGAUGGGCAACCGUUUCAAAAACUGGCUUGCACUACUAUGUGUCCAGUAGAUGGAGGCUGGACUGAAUGGAGCAAAUGGUCGGCAUGCAGUACCGAGUGCACCCACUGGAGGAGCCGAGAGUGCAAUGCACCCAGCCCAAAGAAUGGAGGGAAAGACUGUAGUGGCAUGUUACUAGACUCCAAAAACUGCACAGAUGGCAUGUGUCUGCAAAACAAGAGAGUUUUAGGUGAACCAAAAAGCCAUUUGUUGGAAUCUACCGGAGAUGUGGCUCUCUAUGCUGGUCUAGUGGUUGCCAUUUUUAUUGUCAUCAUUGUACUCAUGGCUGUCGGUAUAGUAGUCUAUCGACGUAACUGCCGGGACUUUGACACGGACAUCACAGAUUCAUCAGCUGCACUUACAGGUGGUUUUCAUCCAGUCAAUUUCAAGACCUCGAGACACGAUAAUUCUCAACUCCUUCAUCCUUCGAUGCAGCCAGAUUUAACAGCCAAUGCUGGCAUAUACCGAGGUCAUAUGUAUGCCCUACAGGACUCUGCUGACAAAAUUCCAAUGACUAACUCUCCCUUGUUGGAUCCACUGCCAAAUUUAAAGAUUAAGGUCUAUAAUUCAUCCACCGUGGGCUCAUCUCCUGCGAUACAUGAUGGCUCAGACCUGCUAGGGGCAAAGCCAACAGGAACAUACCCAUCAGAUAACAACAUUAUUAAUGCACGGAAUAAAGCUAUGAGCAACCAACAUUUGCUGACCUUACCCCGUGACUCUAGUAACAGUGUGACGGCCACCUUUGGAAGCUUAGGAGGAAGACUUACAUUCCCAAACACAGGGGUGAGCUUGCUGAUACCUCAUGGGGCUAUUCCAAAUGGAAAAUACUAUGAAAUGUACCUCAUGAUAAACAAGAGAGAGAAUUCAGUUUUGCCUUCGGAAGGGACACAAACCAUAUUAAGUCCUAUGAUUACCUGUGGACCCACCGGGCUUCUGUUGUGUAGACCAGUCAUACUGACUAUACCUCACUGCGCAGAUAUCACCACAUCAGACUGGAUUUUACAGUUGAAGACACAGUCCCACCAAGGCAACUGGGAGGAGGUUGUGACCCUGAAUGAAGAGACUCUUAAUACUCCGUGCUAUUGCCAGCUUGAAAGCCAUUCUUGUCACAUUUUGCUUGACCAGCUGGGAACCUACGCAUUUGUUGGUGAAUCAUAUUCUAGAUCUGCAAUAAAACGACUGCAACUUGCCAUCUUUGCACCCAUUCUGUGCACAUCGCUGGAAUACAGUCUGAAAGUGUAUUGCUUAGAAGAUACACCAGAUGCCCUUAAGGAAGUUCUUGAUCUGGAGAAGACCUUGGGUGGAUACCUUAUAGAGGAACCAAAGCCACUGAUGUUUAAAGACAGCUACCACAACCUGAGGUUGUCCAUUCAUGAUAUCCCUCAUUCACUUUGGAGAAGCAAACUGCUGGCCAAAUACCAGGAGAUUCCAUUCUACCACAUCUGGAGUGGAAGCCAGCGAAGUUUGCACUGUACAUUCACACUGGAGAGAUUCAGCCUUGCUUCAACAGAGCUUACAUGCAAAAUCUGCGUGCGGCAAGUCGAGGGGGAGGGACAAAUAUUCCAGCUACACACCCUCCUGGAAGAGAAUGCCAAACCUUUUGAUCCAUUUUGCUCACUUUCUGGGAGCAAUGUGACAACUCAGCUGGGACCAUAUGCCUUUAAAAUCCCCUUAUCCAUUCGACAGAAAAUUUGCAACAGUUUGGAUGCCCCUAAUUCCAGAGGAAAUGACUGGAGGCUAUUGGCGCAAAAACUUAGCAUGGAUCGGUAUCUUAAUUAUUUUGCCACCAAAGCCAGUCCAACAGGGGUUAUUUUGGACUUGUGGGAAGCCUUACACCAAGAUGACGGUGACCUCAACACACUGGCUAGUGCCUUGGAAGAUAUGGGGAAGAGUGAAAUGAUGCUUGUCAUGGCUACUGAUGGUGACUGCUGAUGGUUUUCUUUUUAUGUUGGAGACUAUUCAAUGAGUUUACGGAGGAUGGGGGAGACAGACCAACAAGAGAAAUUUUUGGUCCUUGUUUGUAUUGGAUGACGCACAGAGCUGCAGCUUAUUUUGGAGACAAGAGGACCAUAGGGGCUUGCCCUUGGAGGUCCAGUCACAACCAGCCUUAGAAAUCCUUACAUACUCUGUUUACAAUCCAUCCACGUGUCUACUGGACUACUUUUACACCCCCAUCCAUUGAAACUCUGCACAAGAAGAAAAAAAAACACUCAUGCCAUGACAAAGACAAGUUCUAACUUACCAAGCUAAGCGGUGAAGAAGUUGUAGUUUUAUUGCAUAUUUUAUUUUUCUUUACUUUUGUCCUUUCCAUCUUAAAUGGUAUAUAAUCUUUUGAAAAAAAGUCAUGUACAAUCUACACAAACUGCUUUUACGCUAUCCAAGCUUGGAAACUGCCUUACUAAUGAGGCAAAACGGUUUCUUAGGAAACGCAAGUUUAUUUAUUGUCCAGAUCUUUGGAUGAGUCCAUGUUUAAAUGUUAAUCGAUGAAGUGGGUGAAUGUGGUCAACAGUCUGAAACUAAGAAUGAAACGGAAACUUGUUCCACAUCUUUCCAUAGUAGACAUUUAUACUGUUUGUCUCUAGGUAUGAAGCCUACUGUCGGUAUAAAAUGGUUGAUGUGUGGGCAUGAAUGGAUGUUAUAAAAUGUCUUUAUUCAUCUUGCUAUCAUUUGUUUGCCUUUGUCCCUAAUAUUUUUUUUUUAUAUCUUAGUAUCCUGGUUAGAAGACUGCAUAGCUCAGGGAAUAUAACACAUCUGGUUUUGUAUAAAAUUGUAAAUGCAAACAUAUUUUAAUUGGUCAUCAUUGAAUGGAACCAAACAUUUUCUACAAGGUGUAGACUUCGGGUCUGAAAUGGAGUUUUAGCUUUUUCACGUACUGCCCAGUCAGUGGGUGACCAGGAUUACAACGUUUUAAGGCUUUUUUUUAAAGCCAAAGACAAGAUCAUCUGGAAUUCAGUUGGCAAUGUAUGUUUGCUCAUGAAUCAACAUUAAGUUUUGUUUUUCACUACAUUUUCAAUAUAUGAAAUCAGUGGUAACAUUUUCUAUAUCUGACAUAAUGGGUAUAAAUACCAAGUUACUCAAGCAGCCCUAGAUGAAACAAAAAUAUCUGUCUCUAGAGCUAACAUUUAAAAUGUAUAAAUCACCACUUUUUAUUUACACAUUUUAAAAUUAUACAUUUUAGAACAUAAAUUAUGGUCUACUUACAGAGGCAAAUGUAUAACCAAAUUGAAGAAAGUAUUACUUUUAUCUUUCCUUCUGUAGCCGGAGUUUUCAAAAUAUAUUGAAAAUGUUGCCCUUUCUAAAUGAAUUGUAAUGUCUAGAAACAGUUUGUCUACUCUUCUCUGCCACCUAUUUUUAAUCUAUUAAUCUAGUAAGUGCGAUCAUAGAAUAGACACAUGACGAAGAUCAAUGUUUCAUCAUGAACGUUAUGUCCCGUAACAAAUGCUCAUCUAUACCAACAACCAUUGAAUUUAAGAUAUGAACAAGAGCUAAAUGUCCACAUGUAAAAAGGUGUCAUACAAAUUUGAAUAUGCAAAACCAGUAAUCGCAAAACACUAAUUGGUGGAAAAGUCAUAAUAUCUGGUCUGAAAUGUGGGAAAAGACCUCAUUAUCAAAUUACUCCAGCCUGAUCUUUUACUUGCCUUAAUUUACUUGUUUGACGUGAAAAUUAAUAUCCAAUACUGAUAAUAAUUAAUUUGGAUCAAUUCUUCUUCUGCACCUCCCCUGAUGGAUAUUCCAAAUUUUGUGAACAGUCAUGCAUGCUGUCAUGAUCUUGGUACAAUGCUUAGGAAUGUCUAUCAUAUGACAUUUUUAUACAGUCAUCUAUGGCAUGGUGUUUCAAAGUGGCAUUACCGAUUGCCAAGACGCUCUUAAAAUUGAGUUUGUUGUUUUGUUUUUCUCGAAGUAUCAAUAUGUUUUGCAGCUUUCUCCUUUAGGUCUAUUCUGUUUUUCAUUCUCAACUUUAAAAUUAUCACCAAUUUAGCAUUUUUUUCAAAGUCGGAAUGAUACAAGCCAAUGUGAAUAGUAGUUUCACAUUUGAAGGUUAAUGGAUAACUGGGGAACACAGCCAUAGACCAUUGUAGUACCAGAUAAUUAUAGGUGAUUUUUAUAAAGCUGAUAUUGUAAAAAGAAAAAACAAAAACUCAAUAAAAAAUAAAAUCACAUAUGGCCCAGAUUAUAGCCUGGCUAAUUAACUAGCUAUUCAUUGGGCAGUAUUAGAGGGGUUCACUGUACAUUUCCAUCUCCUGGAGGUGAAGUAUCUAAAUCAAUAUGGUUUUUAAUGAAUUCAAGUUCAUUAAUGUGCAAAUUAUAAUAAUCAUGUACAAGAAGAGGACAUUUUCAUGAGGAGUACAAUCUAAUUUUUUUUUUAAGUGCACUGAAAAGUCAUUGUUGCAGAUUAUCAUAUCCAGCUUUUUUUUGUGCUUUACGUUAUUUUUUGUUUAAUGCAAUAGCUUCUUUUUUAGCUUUGCCUUUUUCUCUCAGGGGUUUUCUGGGCAGUUGGUUGGUUGCCUCGUUUGCUAGAAGGAUAUAAAUCCUAUACUCUGCAGGCCUUUCUAAUAGAACGUAAUGAUACGAUGGACUAAGAAUCCAUCCAAUUCAGGUUUCAUUUCUCUCAGGGGCUUCUGGGAAAGUCUGUUCAUGAUAUUACUGCUACUAAUUUCAUUUAUUCUAGUAUUUGAUUUAUACAGUUUGUUCCGGAUGUAAUUGUUUUUGACAUCCUUUUGAGACUUUGCAAUAUUGAAAACUGUCACUUCACGCGUUCAUAAUUAGGUUAAAGAAAAAUGGACAACUUGAAAUAUUAGACAGAUAACCAUCUAAAUUAUUUUCAGAAUAAUGCAGGUUGUUAUAUAGCAAGAUAAGAUUGUUUUAAAGAUAUGGACAUUCUAAACAUAGCAUAUUGUUGUUUGUUAUUGCAUCACAAGUUUGCAAUGUCGUGUUUUGUUUUUGUAAAUGCUUGGGGAUUCUUAAUAUUUUGGGAAGCAAUGCAUUAUGUACAUUGUAGGACCACAGUUUGCAAGGUUGUUUCCAAUAAGUCUCUUACGAAAUAUCCAUCAUAUAGUUUGGAUUCAGAUGCAGUAGGUACUGUCCAUAACUGUAUCGUAGGAUAUGUCCAACCACCACUGGCAUUUUUAACUUGCCACAUUUUUAUGUCUAUUGGUCAAUGGGUUAUGGUGAGUUUAAAAUACACAUUAUUAUUUACUUAACUCCAAAUUGUUGAGCAUUAUCAUCUGAAUUGCAAAUCGUUUAAAUAGCAAAGCUGUUAUGAUAGUCAAUUGGAAAAACUAUUUUUAUAUGAGCUGUUGCCUGAAUUCUGCAUUUCAGACUAUAAUUUGCUAUAAAUUUGAGUUUAUUAAUUAAUAACGAGAGUUAAAAAGACAGUCAACUUGCCAUAUCUCAUAGUUUACUGAAUUAACUAGUAAAAAAGGAAUGGAUUCAACAUUUUAUCUUAAAGUAGUAGACUCUGUUGCCUUAUGUUGUUUUUCUUUUACGUUCGUUUACCCUUGCUUUGAAGAUGCCCUUGCAGGAUUUGAGUGUGUACAUAGGCAGUAUUAGCAACAGAGACAUAGAAAGGUACAAGGAAAAGCUAAAAUAAGCCAACAUAAGGAAAAUUCAAACUAAGGCAAAAGGUCUGAGAAUUAUUAUAGCAAUUCUACAAAGGAUGUUAAACAGUGCCCCCUCCAUCAGAUGUUGUCAGGCUACAAAUGACUUACAUAUUCCCUGCAAAUGUAACCCUGGAUAAAUAUAAUGAAAGUUGUAGUCUAACAGUAUUUGGGUUUGGGCUUGUGACAGUCUAAAUUAUGCAGUUUGAAGGAUGAGAGUAAUCAUGCAAAAUUUGAGGGUGCGGUUAUUUUAUCACACUGUCUCAUAUCCAUUACCAAUAAAGACUGCUCUAUAGUUGCUAACAAUGGAUAUCCUACAUGAAACACAAAUAUAUUGUUGGCAAAUAAUAAAAAGAAAAACACCCGCAUACACUUUUUUUUAUAUAUAUACACGGAUAUUUGGGGGUAAAUCUUUGCAUGAUUUGUUCCUCCGGAGAAAAUGCUAAUUUGUUGUGCAUUGUGUUGGGCAAUUUUCAAAAACAUUUAUCACAGAGUAAUAACCGAAGUCUAAUUUUGUCCGGACAUCACAUUGUAAUUUAUGUUACAGAAGAGGUCUGGGUUUUUGUAGAACUAUUACCUACUGAUUUAAUCCAUGAGGCCUUGAUACCUUAGUGCCUUUUUACUCCCAUCAAGAACACCUACGUCUGCAUUUCUAUCAAUUAAUAAGCAUUUUUCCUAAUUGACAUUUUUUUUUUUUUUUAGAUGUUGUUCUUUGUGAUGCCUAGUAUUUCAGUCCUAUCUAGAACGAGAAUAUAAUUUAGUGUUUCGUGGAUAGUUUAAUAUCUUUUCUGAAAGGGUAAAUAGUAACAGAUCCAUAAAUCCAGUGCUUUUUAGAAUAUUUUCUUUUUAAAAAAAGAGCCCACAUAAAAAAAAUAUACAGAAUUUGGUGUGCCUUUUUAAUCCCGAUAAACUUUCUUAUCGUUAUCAAAUUGCUGUUCUUUUCUACUUUUUUUUUGUCUUCUCAUACAUUUUGUUUUGAGAAACUGAAAUGUUUAAAUUCAAAUAGACUAUAGAACGUCUUAUGUGCACUUUCAUUUUUGUUUUCUGCUUUUAUAGCUUUUACCUUUACUAGAAGUAAUCUGUAAAGAGCUGUUUAGAACCAAAGUCCGAAGCCUCUGUUUUACUUAUUUGGUUCCCAUGCUGAUUUUCUUGACACUUUUUGAAUUUCACUUCAUAAAUGCUGUUUACACACAAUCCCAAUUAUGUUUUGA